AUGCUAGAUUCUUAUUUUUUGAAGGAGCUAGAGGAUGAACAGUUAGAACAAGUUCUCAGAUUUAACAACAAAUGGAAACUUUCCGGAAUCCAGAAGAUCCACUACAACGCUUUAGAAAAGAUAGUGGGAGGAUAUGGUACAAUCCCCGGCAAGCUGAUUUGGCCAAACAGCCUGACAACAACUCCCGAAGGUGACUUGGCCGUGAAAGACAGUGGCACUGGGAAUAUCCAGCUGUUUAGCGCAGAAGGUCAGGCUAAGCAAAGGUUCCCUUAUGGAUUCGAACCAAUUAAAGGGUUGGGGGACAUUGCCUGCAUGAGAAAUGGUGUGCUUCUCGUUACCAAUGGGACCAGAAUAAUCCAGCUUUUCAGCAAAGACGGGGAGCUGAUCCACGAGCUGAAGUCUCCAAAAAUCACCUGGCCUAAUUCAUAUGGGAUAACCGUCUUGAAAGCGAACAAAAUUGCAGUGACAGACUGGAGUGACGGAGGGAAAAUUAACAUCAUUGGAGUGGACUGGAGAAUGAACGCCGUUCUGAAGACAAGUUCCAUAGAAGGGUUUCAUAGGCCGGUGCGGGUGGCAGGCAAUAAGAACGAUGAAAUCCUGGUUACAGAAGGGCAGCUUUUCGGAAGGUACCAGGGCUGCUGCAUCAAAGUUAUCGACAAGGGAAAUAAGGUCAAAAGGACCAUAGGGCCGCAGAUUGGGCGUGUUCAUACUUUCGAAAAUCCUUCUGGCAUCUGUGAGGAUGGGCACGGGAACAUCUUCGUAUCCGACGAAGGAGAAAACUGCAUCGUGAUGUUUAAUCCUGACUCAUCCCUCAGUACUGUAUUGGUGAACGAGGGCCUGCAAGGACCAAGCGGACUCUCCAUGCUGGACCAUGGGAUGAUAGCUGUCACCGACUGCUACAACCACUGUGUUAAAAUCUAUCGGUACAAAUGA